AUGGGCCGAAACUUUGGUUAUGGCGGAGCGGCGCCACGCGUGCGUGGGGCUGUCGUGAUCGACCUCGGGAAGCGCAUGAACAAGAUUCUCGACAUCAACCCCGACGAUAGCACCUGCCUGGUCGAACCAGGUGUAUCCUAUUACGCACUAUAUGAAGAAGUGCAGAGGCGUGGCUACAAGCACCUCUGGAUUGACGUUCCUGACCUAGGGGGUGGCUCCGUGCUAGGGAAUGCCCUUGACCAUGGGGUUGGGUACACACCGUACGGAGACCAUUGGGCAAUGCAUUCCGGCCUUGAGGUCGUCACACCGACCGGCGAGGUGGUCCGGACCGGGAUGGGCGCCCUACCAGGAAAUAACACUUGGCAGGUGUUUCCUUACGGCUUUGGUCCUUUCAUCGAUGGCAUAUUCUCGCAAUCAAACUACGGUAUCGUGACUAAGAUGGGAUUUGGUUUGAUGCCGAAUCCAGGUGGCCACGAAAGCUUUUUGUAUACCUUUGAGAAAGAAGAUGAUUUGGAGCAACUUGUGGAAAUAGUACGCCCCCUACGAAUUGCUAUGAUCCUUGAAAAUGCGGCAAACAUCCGUCAUGCGUUGCAAGUUCUCGCCCUAUCGGGAAAACCUCGAUCGGCAUUUUGGCGUCUUUGA